UUAAAAAAUGUAUAUAGGGUAAUUUUCUCUUUAUUAUUGUCGUUUAAUCAUACUCCCAUGGACCCGGAUUGUGUUGGGGUUUGACCCGGAUCCAUUUCUCUCGCUCCUCCUUUCCCCUGAUGUCCAUCUUCUUUUGCCCGGCAAGAACACACCUUUAUAAUUUCGUAAAAUCACCCAUUACCGAAAAAGAUUUUUUUUUUUUUUUUAAAUAAUUCUGAAACCCUAAUAAUGGCAGGGACCAAGAAGAGGAAGAGGAGAGAAGAGCGACCCACCAUCCACCCCAAAAACAAAUACGCCGAUAACCCACCGGACUUCGCUUUCUUAGGUUCUCUCUACCCUUCUUUCCAAUCUUUCAUCUUCUAUUCACGCGACGGUCGCCCCAGACUCGAUUGGACUGACUUCAAUGCUACACGGGAACUUACCCGCGUCUUGCUCCUUCAUGACCUUGGCCUCAACUGGUGGAUUCCUGAUGGGCAGCUAUGCCCCACAGUGCCAAAUAGAUCCAAUUACAUUCACUGGAUUGAAGACCUUCUACUCUCUGACAUCAUUCCAAAGACUAUAUUGAAUGGUGAUAAUGUGAGGGGUUUUGAUAUAGGAACUGGAGCAAACUGCAUAUAUCCUUUGCUCGGUGCAUCUCUUAAGGGUUGGAAUUUUGUUGGGUCAGAUGUGACUGAUGUUGCAGUAGAGUGGGCAGAAAGAAAUGUUACAAAUAAUUCACACAUAUCAGAAUAUAUUGAAAUUCGAAAAGUUAAAAGUGAUGACACUAGCCUUCUUGUCGAAGAUCCACAAAAUGACCAAUCUGGUGGUCCUGAAAGCGAGCUCGGUCUCACCAAUCCCAUGAUUUUUGAGGGUGUUGAUACAAAUAAGACUUAUUAUGGGCCACCUAUCCUUCUUGGCGUGGUUAAGGAUGAUGAGAAGUUUGAUUUUUGCAUGUGCAAUCCUCCAUUUUUUGAUACCAUGGAGGAGGCAGGAUUGAAUCCAAAAACCUCCUGUGGUGGAACUCCGCAAGAAAUGGUUUGUCCUGGUGGAGAAAAGGCUUUUAUAUGUCGUAUAAUUGAAGAUAGUUCCAUAUUGAAGCAAACUUUUCGGUGGUACACUACAAUGGUUGGGAGGAAAUCAAACAUGAAAUCCCUCAUAGCAAAGCUUCGAGAAGUUGGAGUUUCUAUAGUAAAAACUACUGAAUUUGUCCAAGGCCAAACUUGUCGUUGGGGGAUUGCUUGGUCUUUUGUGCCACCAGUUAAAAAAAUAUUAUCAGCUAAUGUGGUUAAGAAUGGUAACCUGUCUUUCAUGCUUGAGGGCAUUCAACGUCAGUAUAGUGCCAUACAUGUUUUGCAAUCAAUCGAAUCUUUCUUCUGCAUUAGUGGCGCAUCUUGUAAAUUGAAUGUUUCGUCGUUUACGGUUGAUAUUACUGCUUCACAGAAUCAUUGUAAUGCAAUCCUGAAGAUGGAGGAGUUACAAUUUGAUAAAACUGCUGGUUUUGAACAUGUGCGAGAUACAUCCAUAAGCUCAAGCUGCUUGAACAUUCCUAUGAAGGACCUAUGUUUUCAAAUUUCGGUCUUUCAACAAAUCCCUGGCACACUUCUGGUAAAAGUCUCACAAAAGCAAGGGGAUUCCCAAGUUUCAGGUGUUUUUUCAUUGAUAUUGCAACGGUUGGAGGAAGAUUUGAAACGUAAAUUUUGUAAAGAGAAAGUGUAGUCGUUUUUAGGUUGUCUUUUUUGUUAGCUUUAUCAUCCACCGAUUUCAGAACUUGUAUAUUCUUUUUUGAUUCAUUUUCAUUUUCUUUAAUUUGCCUAGCAUUUUGGUUGCCAAUAAUUCUUCCCCGCCUUUUAAAUGGCUCGGUUGGAAGUUUUUGACUUUGACUAUUGGAACUAAUCAUUUUCUUUUAGGGAUUAUUCUCCAAUCAAUGAAUGGCAACAUGACUUGCUCUUUUGAUCA